ACGUUCGCCGCGCGCUGUUCAGUCCGGUGAGUCACCGUUCGCGCUGGAGUAACGUACCGAGAGAAAAACAGCGGCGGAUAAAGAACGGAACCCGGGGGAAAGAGCUGGAGCUGCGAGCAUGGCGGUCGAGGAGGAAGGUCUUCGGGUUUUCCAGAGUGUCAAAAUAAAAAUCGGUGAAGCCAAGAACAUUCCUCCCUAUCCGGGUCCGAAUAAGAUGCGGGAUUGUUACUGCACAGUCAACCUGGACCAGGAGGAAGUGUUCCGAACCAAAACCUUGGAGAAGUCCUUAUGUCCGUUCUACGGUGAGGACUUUUAUUGUGAAAUCCCGCGCAGUUUCCGUCAUCUGUCCUUCUACAUCUUUGACAGAGACGUGUUUAGGAGGGACUCCAGCAUCGGUAAAGUGGCUGUGAAGAAGGAAGACCUGCAGAAAUACCACGGUAAAGACCACUGGUUCCCGCUGCAGCCGGUGUGUGCAGACUCAGAGGUGCAGGGAAAGGUUCACCUGGAGCUGCGUCUCAGUGAGCUCAUCACAGACAGCGGAGUCGUCUGCCACAAGCUGGCCACACGGGUUCUGGAGUGUCAGGAUCUGCCGAUAGUGAAUAACCAGUGCGAUCCGUAUGCUGUCGUCUCGCUAUUCGGCCCCUCCAGGUCAGAAGCCAAGAAGACGAAGGUCAAACGGAAAAACAACAAUCCUCAGUUCGACGAGGUCUUCUUUUUUGAGGUGACCAAACCUCCGAGCUACACCAAACGCCAGUUUGACGUGGAAGAAGACGACGUGGAUAAGCUCGGGCUCAAGGUGGAUCUGUGGAACGCCAGCAAUCUGAAGUUCGGAGAUGAGUUUCUGGGAGAGGUGCGUGUGCCGCUGAAGAUGAUGGGACAGUCAGGGGUUCACGACGCAUGGUACUUCCUACAGCCCAGAAAUAACGGCAAUAAAUCAGUGAAGGCUGAUGAGUUGGGCUCGUUACGACUCAACAUCAUCUACACGGAGGACCAUGUGUUCCCCACGGAGCAUUAUAACCCCCUCCGAGACCUGCUGCUGCAGUCGGCACACCUCCAGCCCGUCUCGGCGUCCGCAGCUCAUAUCUUGGGCGAGGUGUGUCGUGAGAAGCAGGAGGCGGCCGUUCCUUUGGUGCGACUUUUCCUGCACUACGGCAAAAUCGUGCCUUUCCUCAGCGCCAUCGCCCACGCCGAGAUCAGCCGCACGCAGGAUCCCAACACCAUUUUCCGGGGAAACUCGCUGACGUCCAAAUGCAUCGAUGAGACCAUGAAGCUGGCGGGGAUGCAUUACCUGCGCGUCACGCUCAAACCCAUCAUCGAUGAGAUCUGCACGGACCACAAACCCUGUGAGAUCGACCCGGUCAAGCUGAAGGAGUCCGAGAACUUGGACACCAAUAGGGAGAACCUGCAUCAGUACGUGGACCGGAUCUUUAAUGUGAUCACCAGCUCGGGUGUGAGCUGCCCGACGGUCAUGUGUGACAUCUUCUUCUCGCUGAGAGAGUCUGCGGCGUCACGCUUCCAGGUUGACCCGGAUGUGCGGUACACAGCUGUCAGCAGUUUCAUCUUCCUCCGUUUCUUUGCUCCUGCCAUCCUCUCUCCGAACCUCUUCCACCUGCGUCCGCAUCACCCGGAUCCGUACACGUCUCGGACGCUCACACUCAUCUCCAAAACCAUCCAAACUCUGGGAAGCCUGGCCAAGUCCAAAUCUGCCAAUUUCAAAGAGUCCUACAUGGCUGCGUUCUACGACUACUUCAACGAGCAGAAGUACGCAGAUGCAGUGAAGAACUUCCUGGAUCUGAUCUCAUCCUCGGCCCGCUGGGAUCAGAAGAGCAUCGAGACGCCCAUCAUGCUGAAGGAAGGAUUCAUGAUCAAACGAGCUCAAGGGAGAAACCGCUUCGGUCUGAAGAACUUCAAGAAGAGAUGGUUCCGGCUGACCAACCACGAGUUCACCUACCACAGAACCAAAGGAGAAGGCCCUCUGUGCAGCAUCCCUAUUGAGAACAUCCUGGCUGUAGAGAGACUCGAGGAAGAGUCCUUCAAAAUGAAGAACAUGUUCCAGGUCAUCCAGCCAGAGAGGGCGCUCUACAUCCAGGCCAAUAACUGUGUGGAGGCGCGCGACUGGAUCAACAUCCUGACCAAAGUCAGUCAGUGUAACCGCAAGCGUCUGAGCACCUACCACCCGUCGGCGUUCCUCAACGGACACUGGCUCUGCUGCAAGCUGUGUGCGGACACGGCUCCGGGCUGCACGCCCUGCACGGGGGGACUUCCUGCUAACAUCCAGCUGGAUGUAGACGGAGACCGAGAGACGGAGCGGAUCUUCUCGCUCUACAGCACAUACAUGACCAAACUAGUCAAGAUGCAGGAGGCGUGUGGCAGUAAGUCUGUGUACGACGGUCCCGAGCAGGAGGAAUACUCCACGUUUGUGAUCGAUGACCCGCAGGAGACGUAUAAAACCCUGAGACUCGUCAUCUCAGCCGUGCAGACACUGGAGCAGCAGCACACGCAGUACAAACGAGACAAGUUCAGGAACACCAAGUACGGCAGCCAGGAACAUCCAAUCGGUGAUAAGAGCUUCCAGUGCUACACCCGCCAGCAGUCAGAAAGCUCCACCUACUCCAUCUGACCACGCCCACUGCAGACACCGCGCCGUCUCCACGGCAACAGACGCGUCUCAGACAGGAAGCUAAACCUCUGGUGUUUUCAUACGGUUUUAACCAAUCAGCAGCCGGCAUGCAGCUCCGUGGACGAUGUAGCUCUGACUCGCGGCACGGUUUGACGUUUGCUGAUGUUUUUAAGCUCGGAGACGAGCAGACGUCCUCUAGCGGUUGAUGUUUUAUUAACGGAGUAUUGGACCACGGGACAGACUCCACAAUCGUUUGGUUGGUGGAUGUGAGAGCUCCGUCCACACGCAUCCAGUAUUGGUGUCACGCCUGCAGAAGCAGCGCUGCAUUGUGGGAAAUGUGUGUCUUACAGCAUGCAGAUGUCCUCGUCCCAGACGUGUCCAGCAUGUGGUGACGCUGAUGGUUUGUGGGUCCAGUUGUGUUCAGAAUCACACUUGUGUUUUUAUACAUUCUCAUGUCACACUUCCUGUAAAUUCACUGAUAUCCUGCUCUGGUUACAGUGUGUGUGUGUGUGUGUGUGUGUGUGUGUGAGAAUCAGAAAUGAGGGCUCAUGUGUGUGUUUCAUUGAUUAAUUAUGAAUAAUAAUUCCCAGUUCAUCACAUCACACUUUACAGAGAUGUUUAAUACGGUUGUGAUUAUUUUGAUGCAUUUGAUGAAACCUGUCUUAGAUCAUGUCCUGCUCAGAUUUCACCCUUAAAUCAUAUUAUAGAUAAAUCAUAUAAUAUUGAAAAAUACUAAAUAUAUUUCUAAUAAUAAUUAAUAUGAUAUUAAUUAUAUAAAAAAAAACAUUAUAUACUAUAAAGAAAAAUAAUGUUAUGUAUCUGUAUGUAUUGUACAAGCAUUAAUACAUUUUCAAGUCAAACACAUUUAACCCCCAAAUUCACAUUAUUUAAAAAAAAUAAUUACUGUAAUGUACGGUAGACCAUUAAAAAUAAUGUAAAAGGUAUUUGUAUUUUAAUCCAACAGUUCAGACUUUUUUCCCAGGCUUGAGUUGAUGUCUCCCCCCUCUGUGUUUUUAUCUUGCAAUCUGUUUUUAUUUUUUUUGCAAUUUUGACUUUCUCAGAAUUGUGAAAUAAAAAGUAAUUUACUUUUUUACUGCUUUAUCCCGUGGCUGAAUCAAGCUUCUAUAGUAAAGUAAAAAAAACCCUGAUGCUUCAUCUUGUUCAUGGGGAGAAUCAUCAGAUUUUCUUCAGAUUUUGGGGUGAAACAUGAGCUGGAGAUUCCACGCUUGUAUUCUUCUGUUAGUACGGUGUUGUAUUUUUAACACAGUUCUUGUGUUUCUGUACGUAACUCAGUGAGGCAUGUUUCAGUGCGUAGAUGUUUUAAAACAGCCCUGUUUUCUUGCUCAAAUGAAUUACUAUUUAUUUUUAUAUCGCAGAAUAAUGUUUUUGUGGGAACAGUAAAUCAAACCAGAAGCGCACAGUAUGAAGUAUGCAAUAAUGUGAGCUGUGAGUAAUUGUGUGUUUGAUCUGUAAUUACUGAAGCAGAAGUGUGUGUACAGACCAGCCACUGAACCAGACACACGUCUCUCCUUUCUCCAAAUGAAGGCAAUAGCAAAGA